AAUGGCUUCGUCCAUGGGCGGGAUGUUUCCUGGUCAGCAUCCUCCUGGACCUCAUGCACCUGUAGGUCCCGGGGGUCCAGGUCAGCCAGGGCUUCUCACAGCUCCCUCCGGUAAUAGAGGGACAAAUAACACUUUAGUAGAUGAACUGGAAGCUUCUUUCGAGGCGUGCUUUGCAUCUAUUGUGAGUCAAGAUUAUGUGAACGGAACAGACCAGGAAGAAAUCAGGACUGGAGUGGAUCAGUGUAUACAGAAGUUUCUGGAUGUAGCCAGACAGACUGAAUGUUUCUUCCUUCAGAAAAGACUGCAGCUGUCUGUACAGAAACCAGAACAGGUGGAAAAAGAGGAUGCAUCAGAACUGAAGAAUGAACUCCAAAGGAAGGAGAUGUUGAUUCAGAAACAUCUUACUAAGAUCCAUCACUGGCAGCAGGUGUUGGAGGACAUCAACGUCCAGCACAAGAAGCCCACAGAACUGCCACAGGGUCCACUGGCCUUCCUGGAACAGGCCUCAGCUAACCUCCCUGCUCCCAUGAAACCAAACUGA